AAUAUACAAAUCAUUCGUUUGCAAAUUAGUUCAAAAUCAAAUUAAACGUGGCCACCGAAUGGCUAGAUAAGUGUGCGGCAAAAAUUUACCAAUAACAAGCUUUGAUAUCUUAAGAAAAGCAACAGAAACAAUAGUCUGUCGCUUCUGUUUUCCAAAUAAUGUGCUAGCUGUGUCGAAGACGGGGAGUGCAAUUGAAUGUGUUUUGGACAGAGGAACAGAGAGAGAGCGAGGGAGAUAGACCGAGAUCAGCUGCUUGUGUACAUUUUUGGGGCAAUAACAAAAAUUUAGUCACAUCAUGUUUGGCUUCGAUGGACAAUAUAGACGACGACCAAUACAAAGUCUAGGUGGAGCUUCGCAUACCUGCGACCGUGAAACUGUGAUACGAAAGGCAGCGCAGGAGCGCCAGAAGCGCAAUGAGCUGCGCCAGAGAGCCAAUGGAGCUGUGGUGCUCCAGUCGUAUGCGCGUUCAUUCAUCCACCGACAACGGCGUAAAAGAGCCGAACGUGAGGCCUUCGAUGCAUAUCUACAUGCCCAUCGCGAUCGGGUAAUAGAGGACGAGAGCUUAAGUUUUCUACUGCGACGUUUGAAUUUCUUCUACAGCAGCCGCGAGACAAAGGAUAGCGAACGAUUGAUUGAAAUCUGUCAGCAAAUCCUGCGUAAUCCGUCACGUUUACUGCAGCAUUCAGCUCGGGAUGCAAUUUGGUUGCUACGAGUGUGCAAACUUCUUGAUGCGUGUCUACUCCAAUUGGCUCUUCCGCACAGUGCUCAGGCCAUUCCAUUACGCAUGUUGGAAACCUUUACCACUGUGUCCGCCGUAGAACGGCAUGUGGAGGAUGAAACGCUGCUACUUAAAUAUUUGGAAAAGGUCUUUGGGUUCCUCAUUUAUCGAAAUUAUUUUCUACGAUUGCGUAAGCUGUUAGAUGAGAAAUGCCCUCCUCUGGAUGGGGAAACAUUGCAUGCCCCCAAUCCUCUGGCCGAAGCUUUGCUGCAGUUACUUGAGCGUCCGUUAAGUGUGGCACAAAGAGCAUUUUCGACUGGCAAUCAAAAUAUGCAGAUCAUGCCACAGGAUUUUUGUCAAAAGUUCAUUAAGGAUAUAUUGUCCAUGCCCUAUACGGAUCCUAUUAGAUAUUUUGUCUUACCCUGUCUGGCUGAAUGGCCAGAGUUUCCCUUUGGACUGCUUAUGAGAUCACUAUUUGUUUUGUUGGAGGAAUGUUCAUUAGGAUCAGCUUCAGCAUCCCUGGAUGUUGCAUCAAGUCGACGUAGUUUCUUGUUUUCUACGGCACAGCAGGGACAAAAUUUGUCGCAGUCUAUUAGAGAGACUUUCUUAAGCUCUUACUUGCUCAACUCUCUAUUGAUUCUUGACCGAAGACAGCUUGCUGGCCUACAGCAGAGUUCCCUUCUCAUAGUGUAUGUGCGUCUCAUAUCUGAAAUGAUGCCCAAUAUUUUACAAUUACCCAAAUCGACUUUACGUAAUCAUGCCUCGGCUCAGCAUCGUCAUGUGGAUACAGAUGAUGAAUCUGAUGAUGAUUCUGAUGAUGGGGAGACUCUACCACCAGCAGCCGCUUUGGACUAUGACAUGGAUCAAUCAACAAGUCGUCCAUAUGUUGAAUUGAGUGCCAAAGAACAAGUUUGUCUGCUGGAAUCCAUAGCCAUAUUGAAUGAAACGGAUCGUGUGAAUUUUAUAGUUCAACAAUUGGAGCCUAAUAUCGAGCAUGGACAAUUGAUCUAUGCCCUCUGUGAGAUCUGUCACAAUUUAAUGAUCUACAAUAAGCAUGCAAUUUUUGAAUACAAGUUGCUUUACACUUUGGCCUUUACACCAAAGUUUAUACGGGCUGUUUGGUUCAGAUUGGCUGCUGAAUCCACACAGUUGGGUUUUUCGGCUCCCCUGGUACUCAUUUCAAAGGGUGUUGUCCCUAAACAACAGGGCGUAGAUCGUACGAUACCAUUACUAGCUACAUUUUGUAUGCUCUUUGGACGCCUUUUGCCCACCUUGCAUGAUGUGGAAUUUGUGGAGAGCAAGCUAAUACUGGCAUCGACGCAUACCCAGCCCAUUAAUCAUGUUCGCCUUAUGCCAUUUUCCAUAGCGGAAAUUGUGCAAAUGUCGAAGACUUUGAAUGACAUCAGUUUGGGCUUGGUGGAGUUGGCUUUUCCCGAAACGCGUUCAAAUUUGGCCAACUAUCGCAGUGUCCUGGGUCACACGGAUGCCGAUGAUAAGCGAUUGCGUCAUCAGAAACAAAUCUGGGCCAAUUUGCUUAACGUAGUCGUCUUUGUGCUCAAUCAGAUACAUACGCGUGAUUUACGUUUGGGUUUCUGCCCGGAAUCCCAUUGGACAGUAAAUCGCUUGGAUUUGCCAUUAGAUAGACCGACUGAUUUGCCCCUGACUCAUAGCAGUCGUUUGAGGGGUAUACGUCCAUUUCAACCUAUUCGUGAUUUUACUCGCGAAGAUUUCGAGAAUGGUCCACCAAUGUCCACCAAGCAGAUGCGUUCGAUAACCAUAUUACGUGAAAUACCAUUUGUGGUUGCCUUCAAUAAACGUGUAAGCAUACUUCAAGGCCUCGUGGCGGCCAAUAAAAUGCGUGUGCAGGGAAAUUUACAGGCUUUUCUACAAGGACCAUCCAUAGUGAUUACAGUGCGUAGAUCGCAUCUAUAUGAAGAUGCCUAUGACAAGUUGAGGCCUGAAAAUGAACCCGAUUUGCGUUUAAAGUUUCGCAUACAAUUUGUAUCUUCAUUGGGUCUGGAUGAGGCUGGCAUUGAUGGUGGCGGAGUAUUUCGUGAAUUCCUGUCAGAGCUCAUUAAAACUGCCUUUGAUCCCAACAGGGGAUUCUUUAUGGUCACAACGGAUAACAAAUUGUAUCCGAAUCCUAAUGUCGCUGAUCUGUUUGCUGACUAUGAGAAACAUUAUUAUUUCAUUGGUCGCAUUCUGGGUAAAGCCAUCUAUGAGAAUCUAUUGGUGGAAUUACCCUUAGCUGAAUUCUUUCUAACCAAAUUGGCUGGAAAAUAUUCAGAUGUUGAUAUACAUCAAUUGGCCUCUUUGGAUCCAGAAUUAUAUCGCAAUCUAUUGUACUUGAAAGACUAUACGGGCGAUGUUAGUGAAUUGAAUUUAGAUUUCACAGUUGCCAGCAGUUCAUUGGGCCAGACACAGAUUGUUGAGCUAAAACCGCAGGGCCAAAGCAUUCCAGUUACCAAUUCGAAUCGCAUCGAAUAUCUUCAAUUGAUUGCCGACUACAAGUUAAAUGUACAAAUCCGGCGACAUUGUAAUGCUUUCCGUAAGGGAUUAUCGAAUGUUUUGCCCAUCGAAUGGCUGUAUAUGUUUAGCAAUAAGGAAUUGCAAAUACUCAUUUCGGGUGCCGAAAUACCCAUUGAUCUGGAGGAUCUUAAGAGGCAUUGCAAAUAUGGUGGCGAAUAUACGCCCGAACAUCCAUCCAUUGUCGCUUUUUGGUCGGCUCUCGAUGGCUUCGAUGAUCUACAGCGCAGGCAGCUGUUGAAAUUUGUAACCAGUUGCUCUAGGCCACCUUUACUUGGUUUUAAGGAUUUGGAUCCUCCAUUUUUUAUACAAAAUGCCGGCGAUAUGGAACGUCUGCCCACGGCUAGCACCUGUACCAAUCUAUUGAAGCUGCCUCCUUUUAAGACAAUUGAUCAAAUGCGUGAAAAGUUACUCUACGCCAUACAAUCGGGUGUAGGUUUUGAAUUAAGUUAGGUCGGAUAUACAUCACACACACAAAUACACCAACACACACACACACACACACACAUACACUCCUAUAGAUAUCCACACUCCACCCAUAGACAUAUCCAAUUUCUGGACAGGAUUACAGACGGUGCAACGAUUCCUGUUCCAAUUUUAUAUGUACAUCAAAUAAUAUUAUUAACGUAAUUGUUUAGUGUAAAUUACAAAGCGUAAAGAGGUCUGUUUAAUUUCCCAAAA